AUGGCCGAAUUUACAAUUCUCAAGACGAUAAAUGAUGAUGAUGCUCAUGUGGAUGAUCAUCACGAAUUGUAUGAUCGUGUUCACCAUCAUCAUCCUUUCAAGAGAAAUAGUGAUUCGUCUGGGACGGCAGUACAUGUUGUGGCAACAAAAGUAUUUAUUCCUCCCGAAAUAUUGAUUGAGAUUUUUCAAUAUUUGGAUCGGGAUUCGUUAGUGCGGAUAUCUUGUGUAAAUUCAGGAUUUCAAGACAAUUCAAGAAAAUCAAUUUUGUGGAAGCUGCUCUUGCAGAAGGAUUGGAGAUUAUUGAGAGUAAAUUCAAACAAUGACUCAUUGCAACAAGAUACAUCUGAUCGGGAUACAGAUCAAAACGAGUUUGAACUUGUUCCACAAUCUGAAAUCAAUCAUGAUUCUAUCAUGGGAAAUUCACCAAAGGAUCUCGCACGAGCAUGUCACGACGAGCAGAAUUAUUACGAAACUUAUCAACAAAGAUAUUCACAAUACAAAAUAUGGAGAAAUAGUAUUGCAUUUAUUUAUGAAGAAGAAAGAAACCAAUAUAUCAACAGGAUUAACUCUAGCUCUCAGCCUUAUUUAAAGAGUUAUCUGAGGUAUUUAAUGUCAUACCCCAUUCUGUACAUUCGAUUGCUGAAAUUUUUAUUUAUUUCACCACAGGAACAACCUGAUUACGGGCUCGCUAACGAAGUAGAAUAUAUCAAACAGAAGGCUCUUUCAGCUGGAGGCUCUUUGUUAUUGCUCAUCACAUUCAUGCCAGUAAUUUUUAGUACAUUAAUUGCAGGAAUUUACCCUUCAAAUCCAAUUCUAACUUUAAUUCACAUGAUAUUGCAGCUUACCUUAAUUAUAAUGUACGGAAUGUCACAUCUCUACAACAAGAUGGACAAGAGUAUAAGCUCCUAUCCUCAACCAAAUUAUUUAUAUUCUCUCGUUGCUAUUACUGCUUUCAUUACAUUGGUGUUGAUGCGAUAUGUCGAUGAUUUAUUAUCAUGCUCGUUAGUAGUUUUUCAAAUAUCCAUAGCUCUUGGCUUGGCAACUUCGCUCAAUCACAUGAUUUCAAAUACUGAAGAUAUUGACGAAUUAUUUGGCAAUAAUGCAGGACCAAACACAGCACCGCCUUUUGUCACGUGCAUGAUUUUAGCAAACCUUGUGUCGCUUGUUGUAGUAGUGGGUGGUUUUAAGGCAGUUCUUCUAACUAUCAUACUCAUUGCAAUUUUCACAGGGGGUAGUACAGGUGGUGACAUUGGAGAAAUUUUGAAGCUUAUCGAUUUUAGGACUAUUGUAUUUAUUAUUGUAGCAGGAUUAAGUGUGUUUGUGUUUUUUCUUGCCAAAAACAAUGUGGGAGGUAAUUUCAAAAAGAAGAGAGCCGUUCGACAAAGCGUGGCUAUUCUCUUACUCGUUUUAUUGAUCUUGUCGUUUAUGACUUUGUUUUGGAGACUUGUGGCAAUUCAAAGUGGUUCACAAGUAAGGUGGGAACUGUCCUUCUUCAAUAUUGACUAUGAUGCUGACACUGGCACAACGAACGUUUCGCAAGCAAACGCAUCCUCAACUACUGCCUAA